GGGUGUGGAUGUUUGUAUGAUUUCGACGGGAAGGUGUUGGCGUAUGACGCCCCCGAACAAACACAUACACACUCAAUCGGCUCAUCAGGUUAUAUCUCCGGCGUGUCUUAAGACGUAUCCAUUUUUGGUGUCGCGGCCUCGCCCCGUGCAAGACGUACCGCGACGUUCCUUCACGCGACAGUCGCCGGCAUGGAUACUCAUCCGCUACGCUGCUUUCAAGUUAAGGUGAUGGCGCCCAUGCUGACGGCGGCUAUGUUUUACGCCAUGUGCAACGCAUUCUCCCGCUGCUGCCCUCCGGACAGCGUGACCAUGCCCUGCCGGUGUUCGGGGCCAAACACAUUCACUGUGCUCACGUGCGACGGACUAAUAUCUACGAGACAGGUCGAAAGGGUGGCGUCCCGACUGGUGAGCCAUUCACUGGACUACGGCAAGUUCAGCAUGUCCAACGCCAAGGUGAUGAAGCUGGAGCGGGGCAUGUUCGGCGACCUGCGCUUCGAGUACAUCCAGGUGAAGAAGUCCACCGUGGUCGAGGUUGAGGACGGCGCCCUGGAGCCGUCGCGCGACACCCUGCGUCGCCUGGAGGUGGUCCACUGCGAACUCAAGUCGUUCCCGUUCCAGAACGUGUCCACCUUCCCGAAGCUGGAGAGUCUCUCGCUCCAGUACAACAACCUCAAGGCGGUACCGGACUACGCCUUCAGGUACAAUCCUGGCCUGAAGAAGGUCGACCUGUCGUUCAACAAGAUCGCGUACGUGGGCAACUACGCCUUCUACUACGUGCCCUUCCUGGAGGAGCUCAACCUGCGCAACAACAAGCUGAAGGUGCUCAACAACAACGCGUUCGCCGUGCACGUCAAGCCAAACAACGACAUGGUGCUCGACCUGUCACACAACCAGAUCGUGCUCAUUGCCGACAACGCGUUCCACAACGAGAACUUCCGCCUGCUCAACAUGUCGCACAACCGGAUGCGCUCCUUCCCCGAGAAGCACUUCCGGCCUCUCCUGGUGCGCAUGGCCGUGCAGCUGGAGGGCACUAUCGACGUCGAAGGUAACCGGAUGAACUGCACGUGCGACGCGCUGCAGUGGCUGCUGCGCAUGCAGCCGUACUACCGGCGAUUCGUCAAGGGCUUUGUGUGCGCCGAGACGCACAAGACACUCGAGCACAUGACCACGUGGGACCUGGACUGCGCGCAAGGAGGAGGCCACCACGACGAAGAGGAGCACAGGCCGUACCUGCGGCUGGCCUGAUGACAUAGCUGUCACCUGCGCAUGCGCCUCAUGGAUAGACAGGGACACGUGAUUGAUCUUGUCUGUAAACCGUACAGGGAAUACCGGGUCAUACAGGGGAGAUACGAUACGGCAGAAUCAACGCCGUUUGUGACAUCCUGUCGAGUCAUGCGUCACCACCGUUGUGACAUCGUGCGGUGACAUCUCGUGAAUUGCUUAGCGGGACAGCAGUGAUCUACCACAGUAUAUACGUAAAUAGUCCAGUUUUGUUGCGAUUUUCCUUCGACGACAGCACUGGCGCAAUGAAGGAGUAUUUCCAAAGCAGUGCAGUUGGACAAUACUUCACUACACGUCAGUUAUACUAUAGCUUAUUGUAGCUACCGUACGUGUCUCCCGUAUACUGGUAAUCCGUAAACAGAAAUUAAGGGCUGAGCGAUGCUAUUAUCUCUGCUGCCAUGAUCGAGACAUCAUUCUACUGAGACUAAUGGUUCAGCCAAGUCAGAAGCGGAGCCUGAGGUCUCAUUGCUGAGCCCGUUGGUCAUGGUCCUAUUCUGCUAUAUCCACGCAGGUGUCUAGAAAAGUUUGGUAGAUAUGAGACAAUGCGGUUUUUAACUUAGCUUGACCGAACACCACACAAGUAUCCAGGCAACGUGCGCAGUGGGUACGACAGCGAGUAGAACACUGUAGUCUUCACAUGCUCAAUAGGCGACAUUUCAUAUUUCCUACGAGAGUUCCUUGAAGUUGAAUAGGUGCAGCUUACGUUCAGGAAAGCGCACAACGCUCUCUCACUAUGGCGCAACGCGUGCACGACGGGACAUUACGGUACAGAAAUAAGAAAUACCUUACUGCGCCAACACUGCAAAGAAGUUUACUGGGCACUCGUUUUUUUUCCUCCAUAAGUACGCAUUUCACUCUCUCCACUCGCAGAAAGGAUAACCGCACGGCAACGUCCACGGUACAUGCUAUACUCGGGGACAACCUUUCUUGGCAGUGCUUUGGAAGCUACAGAACCGAAAGGCGUGCCUGCCAGCGCGCCAAGAAACAUUAGCUAAUUUCAUUGACAAAUUUUCCAUUUGCAUUGUUCGAAUAAAUACUGCUUGAUUUGUUAUGAUACUAAAACAGUUACGGGAAGUCGCAGGUAAAAUAAAAUGACUCUAACUUUACGAUACUUUCUUCUGUUUUUCUCAUUUCUUAGACAGCACCACCUUUUCUGCACGCCUGUUCUUUGUAGUAAAUAUGGCGUCCCUGACGUCAGUUGGUCCGUGUGAUGCAGCAAACUCGUCGUUUAGUUCUGAAACAAAAAAUAAAAAAAAUAAAUAAUCGAAAUGUGACACUGAAAGGCACACUGGACAAAUGAAAUGUCUCUCUCCAAUUCAGAUUUUUCACGUAUAUGUUUUUUAAACGCGUUAACGCUGCGAGCAAGCAAAACCGAAACUCCAACUGAGAACAGCCGCAAGCUCCCGCACUACUUGCGGAGUAAUACAAAUGUGUGGAAGACCAGCCUCCAUGCCAUGCGCUCCACUGCCAAGAUGAGCUGACCCCGAGUACAGAAGUCCUCCUGGCAUACUUAUGGUGUUCCGCGGCCUGCAUGCAUCACCUUCGCUAUCACAACUACCCCAAUCAUAAUGUCACAACAUGCAAUAUAUAUGACGUCACGCUCUAUUUCUCCACUUUUUGCCUAUUUUUCAGGACGAGCGCCCCACCCAGUCAAUCUUGCUGGCCCCUUCCUUUAGAGCAUAAGAUGAACCUAACCGAUGCUUCCAAGGUUCCUAUAGCCGCCCCAAACUGCCUUUUCAUCGCGUGUAUCCGUUCUAUCGCUCUAGAAAACAUGCCCAUCAUAUUCAUAAGUUGUGCGUGUUAACUGCCCCUAUUCAGCAGCUGUUUUCCAACCUGAGCCAUGAUAUCAUCUAUCUGUUUUUUUUUUCUUUCUAAUUAAAACCUUCAUCUUACUGUCUGCUAAAAGGAAGAUUGCAUCGCAUACAACUCGGAUAACCAUAUUAAAGCGCACGUGCCAGGCGCUCUAAUUAGCCAACAAAUGAACCGACCCGAAAAAGAGGUAUGUUCGUUUCGUUUUAAUAGUUACGAGCUUUGUCGAUUGCUGCAAGCAGAACUUUUUAUGGAGAACAUCCCUGCGGGGAACAGCACACGCAGCGGAAUGGCGAAAUCGGAUCCGAUUAGAAAACCGAGCCACGUUUUCUCUGCAGAAAUCGUAGGUCUCGCACAGCUUUCGAUAUAUCUGGCCCUUAAUUGCUCUCAAUACGACAUUCACUGGGAUUCUAGAAAUUAGUUUCUCGAUAGCGUGAUAGUGUUGUGGCGUCAAUCUUUUUUUUUUGUUUCUUUUUAGCAGGGGAAUAGGAGUCGGGAAUAAGUCACGCGGGUCAUUAUGCAUUCGUCCGAGACAACUCGAAAGCGAAAGCCAACUUCCACGUUUUCUUCUCACUUUUCUUGUGCCCUGAAGCUUUCAGUGCCUCACGAGGUGUUACAUUGUUACUGAGAUUGGCCACCUUUCACCAAGCCACGAUGUCAUGUGAUGGUGUCCUAAUAUGACGUAAUGUAAUGUAACGUCAUCCUUGAUCACGUGACGUUUUGCAUCGUUCGUGUUGACGCUGACGGUCACUUUUCGCAGCGAUGAGGCAUUUGAAGGCUUUCGCCUUAAUGCGUGGACGUUUUCGCUAAUCGAUCUUCGUGUUUAUGUUAAGCAGAUACGAUUUCGCCACUUCACAGAUUGAACUUUGCUGGUAGAAUGCGUUUUUAGCCUUUUCGCCACAGUUGACGGGUGUAGUCGUCAUAAGUUUUUGUAACAAAAUUACUGAUGACGACUGUACUCGUCAUCAACAAAAAUUAGUCCCGCACGGAACCAAUGAAGACUAUACUCGUCAUACUUGUGCUUCUUGACGCUAGAUGGACACACUUGUCUACGUUGGGCCAUUUGUGUCUUGGCUUUCAUUUUAUUGCCAUUUUUCAUUGCAUUGCCAUGCGGUGAAGCCACCUUCGAGUUAUCUUUCUUUUUUUUACGCGAUUACUGAAAUAAAGGAACCCCAAUGAAAUGGAAGAACGGUACCGUUUUAUUAAAAAGAAAGCUCUCCAAAUCGAGGGAAAAAAUUUUUUGCAGUUUUAGCACGUUUUUCUUUUCUCACGGUAGCGAAAGAGUUAAUAGGAUAAGAAAAGUAAUACGUUCUUUAAUAAGUUCUUAUCUGCAACAUAAAAGCACGCAUAGAUUUGACGAUACUAUGCCCCAUACGGUCAAAUUCGAGACGAAAAGAAAGAGUUCGACGCUUAAUGUUUAAUCGAAUUACACGAUGACUAACUACGAUACAUGACGCAACUCAUAAGCGUAAAGCCGCUUGCUCUGCGCCUAUGUCUAGCCAUCAAACGCUGCCCGUGAAUGUAACACACCUUGUGCAGUCGACGUCACAAUUAGUUUACGACAUUCGGACGUCACGUAAGAAAGCAGAAUUUCCUCCCACUUUUAGACUGAAACUAUUAGAAGACUUUGUCUCCGCGGUGAGCUAGAAGGGAAUUUAACCCUAAGUAGAAGUAGGCAGAUGGCAUCUUCUGUGGCCCCGUUUCGUUGAGCUCUCUACGAUGAAUUUAAUGUCAAAAUAUGAAAUAGGCCAACAUUAAACUUUUUUUUUUGAACCCGUGUGAAGAUGGCUUAAUCUUAACAUGCGCUCAAGCCGACCACGCACAUAGAAGAAGAUUCGGUUAGCGGUUCCUUGAAGAUUACAUAUUUUUCACUGUGUUCAGUAAAGGCUUCAUCGUCGUUGAGUUUUCUGCUUCCAUGUCUCAAAUCUUCGUAUUCCAUAGCAUGCAUAUUUAUUAAUUUACCGAGUAAUUGAUGUGUGUACUUUAAUAAACCUGGACGAUUGAUAGCAAGGUGUAUCGUUCUCCAGUCUAAACUGGCUACCUUAUUCGUGAAAGCGUAUAUGCUACAGUACAUUCGUGGAUGCGUCAAGGGCAUGCGAUUUCUCGGCUUCAUCAAUCCGUGUCGAGUGUCCGCUCGUCGUGGGCGUUGUUGGAUAACCAAAUUUAUAGGCCUUGCAGAUAUUGUACUUUUGUCGCUUGGCGCCACUCCACACGAUAUAAAUAUCUCAUCAUCUCCAUUCUCGUGCUUAGAUUUAGUAAUAACAUGUAGCUUUUUGAUAAUUAUAUGUUUUCUGCGAGAGAUAGUGUUUUGCGACCGUAGAGCUUUCAAAUGAAAAAGAAAUAUAGGAUACAGCAUCGCAACACUGCCAGGUAUAAGGAAAUUAUGAAUAUACACUAGUUUGACAUUUGAAAGUAAAGAUCAUUGCAUUUCAGAUGCGGAAACUUGUAUAAAAUGCUUUUUUCUGUAUUGACUAUUGUUGUAUAAAAAUUCUUCACGUACGCUGCAUAUUGACCUGGGAAUAAAGAUCGCUAUUAUCGCAAAUAAACAUCUCAAAG